AUGAUCUAUCAUACUCUUUCCUUUUCAUUCAAAUUUUUUUUCUUUUAUUUUCUUUAUUUUUUCUUUUAUUUUCUUUGCUUCUUUUUUUUUCCUUCUUUCAUUUUUCUUCUCUUUUGGCAUCUUUUUCUUCUCCCCCCACCACAAAAAUUAUCCUUCUUUUUUUUUCUCCUAUACUUCCCCUUCUUAUUCCUCCUACUCUAUUUAUGUUGUCAUUCUGUCUUUUUUCUACCUUUUCCUCAUGAUUUUUCUUUUGUCUUUUUCCAUUCUUCUCAUCUUUUCCCUUUUUUCUAUUUAUCAAGUUUUCAUUCAUUUUGCUAUUCUAAUGUAUUUCUUUUUCUUUCAUACUAUAUGCUACUGUCUUUUUCCUUUUCUUUCUAUGCCUUUCCUUUUCCAUAUCUCUCUAUGCCUUCCUCUUUUUCCUUUUCUCUUUAUGCCUUCUUAUUUUUAUUUUUCUCUCUAUGUCUCCUUAUUAUUUUUCUCUUUGUCUUCAUCUUUUUCCUUUUCCCUCUAUGCCUCUCUGUUUUUAUUUUUUCUCUGCAUCUUCCUCUUUCCUCUCAAUCAUCCUAUUUUUGUUAUUUUUGUUUUCUCUUUGCCUUACUCUUUUUCUUUUCUCUCUUUGCCUUCCUCAUUUUCCUUUUCUCUCCAUGCCUUUCUUUUUUUACCUUUUCUCUCUAUGCUUUGCUCUUUUUCCUUUUCUUUCUACGCCUUCCGCUUUUUCUUUUUCUCUCACCACUUUCCUCUUCUUCCUUUCCUUUUUUAAGGCUGUGUUUCUUUCACUUUCACUUUCACUUUCAAGCAGUUUUCUUUCUAGUUUUUUCUUUUUCUGUUUUUUUCUCUCUCUUCUAUCAAUUCUUUUUCAUCACCAAACUUGUUAUCCUUCCUUUUCCUUUUUCAAAUCAUUUUGCUUACUCUUCCUUCUCUUUUUCUUCUCUCUCCCUCUCUCUCUCAGCAUACUUCUAUUUCUGUUUAUUCUCUCCACCCGAAUCCUCCAUCUUGAGUUCAAGUCAAGGAGUAUUCUGGUUUUUCUUUCUUAGCCUCUUCUUUUUCUUCUUUUGCCUCACAUAUUUUUCUCUUUCACGUUCUUUCUCUUCUCUUGUAGUUUUUAUUUUUACUUCCUCUUUUAAUUUUCUCUUUAAAUGUUCACUCUUCUUUGUUUGUUCUAUACUUAGCAAUAUUACUGAUAUCUAUCUAUCUAUCUAUCUAUCUAUCUAUCUAUCUAUCUAUCUAUCUGUCUGUCUGUCUAUCUAUCUAUCUAUCUAUCUAUCUAUCUCAUUGUCUAUCAUGUUAAGUUCCUGUCUAUCUAUCUAUCUAUCUAUCUAUCUAAUUAUCUAUCAUGUUAUGUUUGUAUCUAUCUAUCUAUCUAUCUAUCUAUCUAUCUAUCUAUCUUUGUCUGUUCAUAUCCUGCUUCUUUUCCAUGAUGAUUAUUCUUCUUCUUCUUCUUCUGAUGAUGAUGAUGAUCUUCUUGUUGCUUAG